AUCAGGAGGAGGAAAGGGACAGCUGGCUGUGAACUGAUGUCCUCACUGUGUUUCUGAAGACUUCCUUUAGUGAGAAGCAGAUUAAAGAGGACUAGUUGCUUGUUGGAGUUUCUACAGGAAGAUGAAGAUGUUUGUGGUGUUUGUGAUCCUCGUGCACGUUUCCCAGCAUGCCUCAGCUGUGGAGCUGUAUGAGGGGGAGGAGUUUGUCCUGCUGCCCUGUGAGUUUCAAACGUUUGACAUAGACUACCCCACAGUGGUGUGGAGCCGCUGCGAUAUCAAUCCUCCAACCGUCCACCAGCGUCAGCAGGAAGGUGAUGAACUUACAGACCAAAACCAGCUUUACAGCGGCCGAACAUCCAUGAUGACUGACGCUCUGGAAACUGGAGACCUCAGCCUCAAGCUGACAAAACUCCAGCUCUCUGACAGCGGCAGCUACACCUGCACCGUCAGUGCGUCAGGAGGACAAUGGAGAGUGACAGAGAUACAGCUGCAGGUCAAAGAACGAUUUCCACCCUGGGUCAAAGCUUUCCUGGUUCUCCUGGUUCUCCUGGUUGUUGGUCUUGUUGCUGCUGGGGGUCUUCUGGUACAUUUCCGGCAGUAUUUCACGUCAGUCUACCAGGUGGAGGUGGAUUCAGGGGCGGAGUCUGUCCUGCUGCCCUGCAAAACCACAGUUCACCUGCCUGAAGACGUCACAGUGGAGUGGAGGGACAGAGACAAAAGGAAGGUCCAUGUGUAUCAGAACGGCUCUGACCAGCCUGAAGAACAGUACGAAUAUUACAGAGACCGAACAGAGAUGAAGAGAGACCUACAGAGAUCUGGAGACCUCAGUCUGACUCUGAAAUACCCCACUGAUGGAGACACAGACACCUACACCUGCACCGUCUACAGCAGGAAUGGAAGCAUCCUGAUUAAGAAACAAGUAGAGCUCGAGGUCAAAGGCUGUCAGGUGGAGGUGGAGGAGGGGGCGGAGUCUGUCCUGCUGCCCUUCAAGACCACAGAGAACCUCCCUGGGGUCGUCAGAGUGGAGUGGAUCCGCUCUGAACCCAAACCCUAUAAGAAGAUCCACGUGUAUCAGAACGGCUCUGACCAGCCUGACCAACAGAACCAGGAUUACAGAGACCGAACAAAGAUGAAGGAAGACCUGCUGACAACUGGAGACCUCAGUCUGACCCUGAAAUCCCCCACAGACAGAGACGGAGGAACAUACAGGUGCUACGUCUACAGCUGGACCAUCAUGAGAGGGAAAUCAGUUGUUCUCAGGGUCAAAGAGAGAAGCAGGAACAGAAGCAGCUCCACUGAUCCAACUCCUCUGAUGGCCGAUCAAUCUGUUUGAUCUUUGAUCAUUGAUCCGAUCUGACUCUGGAUCAGAGAGAAAAUGGAGGUGAAGCAGCUGAUGGAGGACGGAUGAAGACAGGAGGACGCUUUGUCAGCUUCCUCUUCACUCUGACUCCUCCUACUGACUCUCACACACAGUCUACACACUCACUAUUGAUUCCUGCUGAUCAGUGAUGUCAGAGUGAGGUCAGCGUGAUGUCACAUGGCUUGAACGGGCGUGUUUCCUGUGAACCUCCCAGCGGCUGGAUAACAGCUGCGGCUCUCUGGAUAUUUGUGGCUCGUUCUAAUGCGUGCAGUCAAACAAACUUUAUUUCUACAGACACAGAGAAGUCAGCAGCUGCAGGAAAUCAGAACCACUGACAGGAAGUUAAGAGUCAAGUUAAACCACAUGUCAGAACUUUCUACAGCAGCAGGAUUUAGAAGAUGCUGGAAGCUGCUGUCUUUAGAUUCCAUUAUUUCCAUUUC